CCAACCAGACAAUGAUAUCACAAAUAGAAUAUAUGGGGAUAAUCUAUCACUACCCCACUGGUUUUCAGUUGUUCCACUAGAAACCCUGGUGAAAUUCCACCGAUGCUUCGGACCUGAACAAGACCUCGCCGUGAUGUUCGCCGCACGACGUUUUGCACGACACGGAAGCUGUUUUGUGUUGUGCUUUUUGAGUCCCAUCUUGAUUUUUGUGUGUUUUUUGUGUAUUCCAAGUUCCUGGACAACUCAACUUCUUGGAGAUGGCGGAGGGACAGGCCAAUGCUGUGACCUAUGCAGCGGCUCUGGAAGCCUGCCUUGAAGCUGGUACAGCAACGCCAGUGCCACGGCUUGCACACGACUUGCACCUCAGCAGCUUGAGGAUCACCCAAGAGCCGCAAGCUGAGGUUGGCGCUGUCGCUGUUGUUUCUGCCUUGGAUCUGCUGGAUGUAGAGAACUUGCUCCGUGAUGACCUUCCCAGUGCUUUCCGUAUGAUGACCUGGACGAAAGUGACGAAGGCGUUGCAGGGCUUCCGUGGAGGUCGCAGUUUCCUCGAGAUGCUUCCAGGCUUUGGUGGACCUUUGGACGCCGAGGCCAUGAGGAAAUUGGGGCUGCUGAGGCUUGAUGCCCGCUGGCUACCACAGGCACGCUAUGGUACCCGGCGAGCAGCUCCUGCCGUGGCUGCAACUGCAAAGCCCACAGCGAAAGGCCUUAGCUCGUGGUUCUCGUGGAGUGCUCUUCGUGGCGCAGAUGGACGUUUGCAAGGAUAUCAACGAGGCUAUCCAGAGGAAGAGCAACUCCAUGCCAUCGUGGCCGAACAUGAUCGUUCUGCGCAUGCUGAGCGGCAAGCCCUGCUGAAAGUCUUGCGCCAACUGAAAAACGAUUGGAAUUUGUCAGAGGCUUUGAUGCACUGGGGGAGCCAAAAUGCAGAUGUUGGUUUAAACAGAGAUGUUAGCAGAAGACAGUGGAUGUGUUGA